AUGGGUAUAAAGAAACAGGCAUCUUAUAAAGAUUAUUGGUCUUCAAAUGAACAACUUAGAGACCCUUACAUUUCAUCUAUUAUGCCUGUCAAUAGAUUUUCAUGGUUUCUAUCACAUUUACAUAUCAAUGACAAUUUACUUGCACCCAAAAGAAAUGAACCUAAUUUUGAUAAACUAUAUAAAGUAAGACCGUUGCUAGAUUCUCUCUCCAAAACGUUUCUUCAGCAUUUCAAUCCCAAUGAGCACCAAUUGGUUGAUGAAAGUAUGAUUCUUUUUAAAGGACGAAGUACAUUAAAACAAUAUAUGCCUAUGAAACCGGUGAAAAGGGGCUAUAAAGUCUGGAUAAGAGCUGACCAAACUGGAUAUGUAUGUCAAUUUGAAGUGUAUACGGGUAAAACUGAUUCUACUGAAACAUCAUUAGGAAAAAGGAUUGUUUUAAAUUUGACAAAAAAUAUCUAUGGACAUUUUCAUAAAAUAUUUUUUGAUAAUUUUUUUACUUCAUUUGAUCUGAUGGAAGAAUUACUCCAAAAUAAAGUGUAUGCUUGUGGAACAGUUCGUGCAAAUAGAAAAAAUCUUCCAAAAAAUCAAAUUCUUGAUAAAAAUAUGCAAAAAGGUGAAAGUGAAGGUCGUGUGUCAUCAACAGGUGUUUCUUGGAUAAAAUGGAGGGAUAACCGUACUAUCCAAUUUUUAUCAAAUUAUCAUAACCCGGACCAUAUAACUACUUGUAAUAGAAAAGCUAAAGAUGGAUCAAAAAUAGUCAUUAACUGUCCACAAGCUGUAAAAGAUUACAAUCAACAUAUGGGGUAUGUUGAUAAAGCUGAUAUGCUAAAGUCUUGUUACCAAAUCAGCAGAAAGAGUCGCAAGUGGUGGCACAGAAUCUUUUUCCAUUUUGUUGAUGUAGAGGUAAAAAAAACACCACCCAAACCUAUUAAUAUGUUUAAAUCAAAAAUACCGAUUGAAAAAAGAUACUCAAAUGCCGGACAUAUGCCAUCUAUAUGUACUUCCAGAAGAUGUCAUCAUUGUAGUACAAAAGAAAAUCCCCGAAGAACAAGAUGGGAAUGUUCAUCAUGUGGAGUUGGUUUGUGUAUGACACCACAUAAAAAUUGUUUUAAAGCAUUUCAUGCUAAAUAA